AUGCGCGAUGCAGGUAUUCAGCAACGCAGGAAGGAUUUUAGACCAAUAUUGCCUGUGACGAAUGGCCCGAUACCCAUUGACAAAAUUGCAAACCAUGGACGUCUACUUUCGGAGAACUCAGUUUCUGUCGCCGAGAUUUCAGAUGCCGUAGCAGCAGACGCAGCAAACUACUUUGCCAGUUCAGACGCAAAUUCUGAAGAGAAUUUGUUUGAUGCUAUGGCUGGGUUACUCGGUACUGGUACCAAGAUGCCAGACCUAGCUAUCUAUCCGAGCGAUACAUUUUCACCUUUUGACAUUUCUGUGACACCGGCAUUUGGUCAUGAGACGACUCCAUCGCCGGAUAGACAGGGAGAUUCUGACAACAGCUCUGUUUCUCGAUACUUUGUUGAUCCUUUGCAAGCAUCGGAUCCUCUUUCUCUUCCAUACCCUAUGUCGGGCUUUGGACUCAGCACUGCAUCUUCUAUUAUGCCGACUAGCAUCAGUUUCAAUAGCCCGAAUUUCCUAUUGAUGGUGAUGGACUCAGCUGAUACCCCAGACAAGCCUCCUCUUUCGAUGCGCGAGAGAUCAUUUCAACAAGGCUCUCUGACAGCCAAGAUGAUAUUAAGCCAGCUCUUUGACUAUACCCGCCGAAUUGCAGAGGGCAAAAACUUGCCGCCAUUUAUACAUCCCCCGUGUUUCCUUAGUCAAAACAACGAAUGCCCUACAGAAGCACCUCAUAGUUGCUUGCCUCAGUCUUUGGCUAUUUGCAGAAACCUUACCCAAAUGUUCUAUUCUCGAACCUCAGAAAGCACUUCUUUCAUUUGGCGGCAGAUAUACAUUCACCUGCGCGAGAUGCGCGCGGAGUAUAACAAUUAUGAUACGAAAAGCAUGCUAGAGGCUUUACAAGCGACCUUGAUAUAUGGCCUGUUAUGUUCACAGUCCACAGAGUCCGUGCCGACAGAGGAUAUUGACUGGCUAAUUUCAACAACAGAGAUUUUUGCUCGCCGAGUGUACAGCAUCAGCUCAUACGACCAAGGGUUAGACUACGCAUCCUUGUCUCGCAGCAAAUGGGUCUUUGUGGAAAGUCAAAGAAGGCCAAACUCCUUCGAAGGGGAGAUGCCCGGAGUUUGUCGAUCUGCCUUUGCCCUGUACCCGAGAACUUUGGCAGCCUAUAUCCGACAGAGACUGGAGAAGAAGAUAUAACGAGGAGAAUAACUCAAAGUUAAUGAAGGGAAAUCGGGG